AUGUCUGCUCUACAGGGCAUCAUCUCCAGUCAGAGGGCUCGAAUCCCAAAGAUUGAAAGCAUUGUUGAGCUUGGCUACGAUGCCAAAGCUGCGCUCCUCCAGAGCCAUGAUAGAGCUUCGGAAUCCGAUGAUCAUCUAGCCAGGAGAUACUGGUCUCAUGUCGCGCUAGGCUGCUUGCACAGGUCCCGUGCAGUGCAAGAGUGGGCGGCUUUGAAGGACGGCGAGCAGAAAGACGCAUCUUUUGAAGAACCAGUUGGAGCUCUCGAUCUUUUCAUCCUCGACGAUGCGCCUGAAGGAGAUAUAGACGACCAGAUAUUUCGCAAACUUGAUGAGUAUGUAGAUGCAGUCCGUCAUGCUCAUCCAGAUAUCGAAGACCAAUCUCCACGGCAGAAAGCAAUCACGACUGCCGAGUAUCUCAUCUCCAACAACCUCGUCGCCAUCCCAGAAGACCGUGAAUACCACAACAUCGAACAUAACUUCCUCGGUCGAGCGCUCUUUAGCCAAGGAAAAAACUCUCUGCCAAUUAUCUCGGUCAUAAUCUACUGCUAUGUUGUGCGCCAGCUCGGUCUGUCAGCUGCCCCAUGCGGCUUCCCUCUCCACGUACACGCCGUGGUCUAUCCACCGCCCGGUCUAGACCUUGACGGCAAUGAUCCCCCAUCAGGCACGGAGCUGCCAGCACUAUACAUGGACCCCUUCCGUAGCUCGAACCCAGUCCCAGUCUCCUCCCUACAUGAACAGCUCAACUUUCUCGCCCGCCACCUAACCUCAACCUCAACCGACCACAACGCCUUCCUCUCCGCCUCAACUCCACGCGAAAUAACCAUCCGCUGCGCCCGCAACAUUGUCAAUUCCCUCCAGCAAAGCACUGAACCCUCCUCAGGGCGCCCCAUCGACCUCGUCUCUGCCCGCUACGCCGCUCUCUGGGCCCUCAUCCUCCUGAACAGCAGCAUUACCCCACUUCGCCCUCGCCAACAUCUGCUCAUGCUCAUGCACCUAUUCGUCGAGAAGUUCCCAUACGACGCCUCCCUGGUGGAGAAAUAUAUUCUACCUUUGAUCGAAAACCCAUCCGUAUCAGAUCACCGCCGGACGUGUCUCAGCGUGCGCAAGGCUGAUAUGGAGGCCCCCGAGCGAGUAAAGCCGAGACUAUGCAACCCAGACACAUGGCUCGUGAAGUUCAGAGUCGGACAGGUCUUCCGACACAGACGGUACGGCUAUGUCGCUGUUGUGACAGGCUGGGACGGCACAUGCGACGCGGACGAAGAGUGGAUUCGGAGGAUGGGUGUGGACCGUCUGGAUGGUGGAAGGGGACAGGCUUUCUAUCAUGCUUUCGUGCAAGAGGAUAAAUCAAUGCGCUACGUCGCGGGAGAAAACAUCGAGCUCCUCCCCGCUCAUGAGGUCGUGCCGGAGGCAUUCCCUCUGGAGAUUGGGAAGUGGUUUAAGCGUUGGGAUGAUAUGGACAAGGUCUUUGUGAGUAAUAUCCGCGAUGAAUAUCCGGACGAUUAG